CACACUAGCAACAACAGGUUCCAAAUAGAACAGGUUGCCUCCUCCGCUGUGCCAGUUUAAAAUAGAUUGCCUUUGCUAAAUGAGUGCGCUCCCAAGCCGACAGUUGUUGCGCGAGCAGCAGGUGUCCGCGGUGGGUGAUUUAUACUGCUCGUGGAGGAACUCUGUCAAAAAUCUCACUCAUUCGAGAGUUGACAUCGGGGGGAACGGAAAAUCUGGUGGUAACGGGGCCAGUUUGUGACUGACACCGGUAUUGUGCGUUGACCCAUCGUUCUGCACUACUAGUGCGUUUGUGCCUUCUGGUAGUUGUCUUCGGAAUUUCUUCUUUUUUAUUAACUGACCGGUGGACAUUUACGCACAAGAAACGGAACUGCUUGCAAUCUAAAGGCUUGUAUAUCUUUGCGUUGUCUCAGUGAAGUCUAAGCACAGAAAGGAUGCAGAGUCCAGUUGAUGGGUCCUAAAAGUGUUGCUUAUAGUGCUGGACCAAACAGCCACGCUCGUAAUCAACCCCUUGCAUUAAAGUGUGGUGAAUUCAUUUUGGUGUGAGGCCUGCAGCCCGUGUGCUGUGAGAGCUGGUGGCCUGCUCAGGCUCUAUCUGUAUGGAAGGGAAUGGGGAAACUGCCUGUCUGCAGUAGCUACACACUGCUGUCAUGGAAAAGAAGCAUCGCUGUGGCACUGCUGCUGAGUCAACUGUGCUGCUCACAGGUGUGGGCCCAGUGCCGGAUCCUGAGGUGUAACUCGGAGUAUGUGACUGCCACUCAGCACUUGGGGGGUCGGGAGGGUGCCGACACCAGGUACUGCAGCCCCCUGCGCUCCUACGCCCACUGCACCAAGAAGAUGGCGCGAGCCUGCCGGGGGGACCUGGCCUACCACUCCGCCGUGCAAGGCAUCGAGGACCUCCUCAUACAGCACGGCUGCCCUAAAACGGGCCCCACCGCCCAGCCCCGCCCCCCGCCCCAAGCCCCGCUCUCAGGGGACGCGUGCUGCUACGAGCGGGUCUACCAGCAGCGGCAGGGCCGCCUCCCGGAGUACGUCCACUGCGGGGUGUUUGGCGACCCCCACGUGCGCACCUUCCAGGACGAGUUCCAGACCUGUGCGGUGCAAGGGGCGUGGCCGCUGAUUGACAACGAGUACCUGUACGUGCAGGCGACCAGCGCGCCCAUGGGAGGGGGCGCCUACGCCACGGCCCUCACCAAGAUUACCAUCAUCUUUAAGAACUGGCGUGAGUGCAUUGACCAGCAGAUCUACCAGGCCGAGCUGGACGACGUGCCGCCGGCCUUCGUGGACGGCUCCAUGGUGGGCGGGGAGCGGCGGGGACAGCACAGCCUGCAGGUGCGCACCCAGGACCCCGGGCGCCAGGCCGAGAUCUGGGCGGCUCACAUCGGGACCACCCUGGUGGUGCGGCAGAGCGGGCGGUCCUUGGGCCUGGCGGUCCGCGCUCCCAGGGCCAUCGUGGACACCUUCACCCCCGAGCAGGACCUGCAGCUGUGCAUGUGGGGCUGUCCGGCGUCACAGCAGCUGGCCCGCCCCCCGGCCCAGCCCUCCACAAAUGCCCACGCCCACUGCUCCGCCCUCCUCCCCGUCCAGGACGUCUAUUUCCAGGCUUGUGUAUUCGAUCUCCUGGCUACUGGGGAUGUCAACUCCAGCGCUGCCGCUGUCGCUGCCUUGGAGGACGCUCGCGUCAUGCUUUCAGACUCGGACAAGGUGCACUUAGUGACAGCUGGGACUGCACAGCACCUGCCCCGCCUGCCUGUAGUUCUUGCUAUGGUCAUUUUAGCUGGGCAACUGCUGAAUUUGCUGACCGAUCAAUAGCUCCACAUCACAUGAGCCUCACUCCAUCAGAAUGGAUCCCGCUGCACAGUGGAGCCAUCGGCAUCAGUGGACCUCUGACCUUACUGGAAGAGCUGGGAUCAGGAAACGUGGUCCCGGUCCUUCUGGAACAACGAGAGUAGGAAGUCUUGGUGGCCCCAGUGGGAAAUGUAGUGUGCAGCAGCUCAAGCUGUGUAAUGUCUCAGUCUGAAGAGCAGAAACAUAGCAGGACUGCAUUUCUGAAGAACAGCUGAAAGGUCUGGAAGGCCUGUUUAGUUUGAAUUUGUGCAGUUUCAGAUGGCUGCCACUUAUGUCCUGCAGGAGCAGAAGACAGUCUUGAACCCCCCCCCCCCCCCUUUUGGUAUGGAUAGCGAUGUACAAAUAUCAUACAGAUUAUGUCUAGUUGUUCACUUGGAUAUUUCUUAACUCCAGCCAGCAGGAAUCUUCAUAUCUCAGAGUCUAAACUAAACAAGCAGGUGUUCUGGAGGAUAUGUCGUAAAUGCAAAUGUACUUUCACAGAAUUAUCUCCAGCGUCUUGCCUGUAUGCUUUUGGAUGCAUUUUGUAUUUUAAACAUGAACUUGUUAUAUAUGAACUUUGGAUUCUGUUCUAUGAAGAAUAAUACUUGCUUUAUAUUCUAAUCUAGAACUGGAGCAGUGAUUCUCAUGAAUGUGUGCAUGUGUGCAUAUGUAUGUAUGGGUGUGUGUGGGCAUGCAUGUGUAUGUUCAUGCGUACAUGUGUAUGUGUGUGUGCAUAUGACCUGUGCAUUUGCACAUACAUAUGCAAUGUGUGUGUGUCCUUUUGUGUGUCUGCAUAUGUGCAUGUAUACUGUCUGUAUUAGUAACUGACAGUAGCCAAGGUUAAUUGAUUUUUUGCUGAUCAAAUGAUCAUUGUGACAUGGGUGAGGUGCUUUUUCAGAUAGCAAUAUGAGCACCAAUAAAAUGAUCAAUAUUUCAAAGUGUUCUCCAAGCAUUUAGUUUACACAGGGUUCUGCAAUAAUUUAACAUAAAUCUAAACAUUAAAAGUUGCUGUGUUAAUCUUUGUGGAAGUGUUUCUACUCAGCACAUGGCCCUGUUCAUCAGGGCUGGUUUGACAAGUAAAGGUUAAAAAAUCAAGUGAGAGUGAAUGAAUGUAUUGCUGUAACCUUUUUUGUUUAACAUUUUGUUGUUUUUGAAUUUAUUCUCUGUUCAAAUUCAAAGUGUCUUGUUGAGAUCCUUUAAUAGACCGUAGGCCGACUACUACUGCAUUAUGGUUUGGACAGAAGAAACAAAAUAACAAGAUACCAAAGGGUGAAAAUGAUGAAAUUGUAUUUAUACAGAUGUAACAUAUAUGUACAAUCGUGAUGGUUAAUAAAAGGGAGGUGUAUGUCCCAAACUCAA